AUGGUAUCUGCGCCCAAGGACAUGCUGCAGAAUAACGCCAUUGAUAUAGAUUGGUCAUUCAAGUUCUCGUUAAUAAGAGACAUCGUGGAGGGGAUGGCAGCAAUUCACGACUCGGCGAUACGCGUUCAUGGCCACCUUAAGUCGACCAACUGUGUUAUAGACGCCCGCUUCGUUGUGAAGAUUACUGACUUUGGCCUACGAACUCUACGCACCACUGAGGCGUCCCAGUCCGAACAGAAUCAACAGGUUUAUUAUAGAGGGCUCCUGUGGACAGCACCGGAGCUCCUACCGCAUGUUUCCUUCGUGGAGGCAGCCUGCUCCCAGAAGGGCGACGUGUUCAGCUUCGCUAUCAUUCUACAGGAAAUCAUCACGCGGCUUGGUCCGUACGAAAUGCUGAUCUGCGAACCUGCUGAGAUCAUUGACAAAUUGAAGGAGGUAUCAGGUAAGCCGUGGAGACCGGUUGUGGACCCGGCAAGCUGCGAACCGCAGCUCUACGGGCUGAUGACGACAUGCUGGCAUGAUGACGUCAUGACGCGACCCAGCUUCCCUAGCAUACGCUCUACUCUAAAGCAAACAGCAGGUAACCUUAUGGAUCACCUGCUUAGCAGGAUGGAGCAGUACGCUAAUAACCUCGAAUCCCUCGUUGAUGAGAGAACCCGAGCAUUUCACGAAGAGAAACGAAAGUCGGAAGAGCUUCUCUAUGAAAUCUUACCAAGGAGCGUUGCUAAGCAGCUGAUUGCAGGGAAGACGGUCGAGCCGGAGACAUUUGAAAACGUAACGAUCUAUUUUAGCGACACCGUUGGUUUCACGGCGCUCUGCUCUGAAAGUUCACCGCUAGAGGUAGUCAACCUGCUGAACGACCUCUACACCUGCUUUGAUACCAUUGUACUCAAUUAUGACGUGUAUAAGGUUGAGACGAUCGGAGACGCCUACAUGGUCGUGUCAGGCCUGCCCAUACGUAACGGCAUUAUGCACGCUCGCGAGAUCUGCAGGAUGUCACUAUCGCUACUCGACGCCAUCAGUCUUUUUCGUAUCGAGCACAGACCGCAGCACAGCAUAAGACUUCGCAUCGGCGUGCAUUCGAGUCCAUGUGUUAGUGGCGUGGUGGGUCUAAAAAUGCCUCGCUACUGCCUUUUCGGUGAUACAGUGAAUACAGCCUCCCGCAUGGAAUCUAACGGAGAAGCUUUGAAGAUACAUAUUAGUGAGCAGACGAGAGAGUUGCUCGACGCAGUCGGAAACUUCAAAUCGGAGCCCCGUGGAAUGGUUCAAUUGAUGAUGGUGCAGAUAUUAUAG